AUGCCCUCCAGAAAUGACAUCCCAACUGCCUUGGAGUUUGCAUAUCUAUUUGCGCCCACCAUUCGCGACUCAUUGAAACAACUCACUGACAUUGGCUUUGUCUACUACACUUCCCCACACUCUUAUUAUGAAGUACCGGAUGAGAUGAAACUCUGGUUUCGAAACCUGCCUUCUUUGUCAGUUCCGUCGUCAGUAGAAAUGGCAAAAGAUGACCAGAGGUUGAUGAGAGACUGGAGGGACAGCUUUGGUAAACCGGUCCGUCAACUGACAAUUCGAAAUCAAAGUACCAAGGACAAUGUAGGUACACUUCCAUUGUUCGCAUACACAACACCAGAUCAGCCUCCAAGACCAUUAGAUUUUUCCACCACAGACGACCUCACAGCUAGAGAAACAGUGGUCACAGAGAUUGAGCAGGAAGCUGUCAGAGGAGCCAUUUUAUUUGAGGCCAACAGUGUUGUGGUCGUCAAGCGCGACCACAUACGUGGAUACCCGAACAGGGGACCCGUCUUUGUUGGAAUUGUCAUAGCUGAUGUCACCGACAAGGAAGAGAAUUCUUUUUGUGAUAUUGAGUUGUUUUUUGUUUCUUCAUUGAAGACUGUCUGCUGUUUACUUAGAAUGAAAGCGUACGAAUCUACCAAGAUGCUAUCGUCAGUAAAGUGGGGGAAGAGCAUUUUGAAAAAGGGUGCGAUUUUGUGAAAUUGACGGCGGUAUCAUACGAGACAUUUCUGGACUUCUUGUAAACGCAUGGCUUACAGAUAAUGAAUGAUUGAUAAUGUCUUUCCUCCUGGAUUGUUUUAGUUACGGAAAAGCACAGUCUGACAACUAAAUCAGGGUUUAACUCGGAAGAAGCAUUAGACUCUUGCACUACCAGAAUUUUAGAAACGUUAUGAUAGCUCGAGUCCCGGGGGGGGGGUACUCCCUAACAUGGGCUAUAUAGGUAUGAGCGGCCCCAAAGGGUAGGGUUUUUCAGCCGUUUUGGUCAUCAAUUGGGUAUCGCUUUUGGCUAUUUUGCCGCCAUUUUGGUCAUAAAUAGGGUAACGAUUUUUGCACUGUAGUCUUGAAUGCACUUUUUUAGAAGAAGCUAUUUCCUUAUCAUGUCCCCCUAACCUAAUAAAAGCAGAUAAACAUUGCCUUUAACAUUGGUCUGAACUAGGGAAAUAAUUAUAAGGCAGGUCUGAAACAGGGUAUUGAUUUAAGGGUCAGGUCAUAAAUAGGGUAUCAAAUUUUUGGUUAGGUCAUAAAUAGGGUAGAGAAAAUCGCAGAUUUUGGUCAUAAAUAGGGUAAGGGUUUUGGGAAGCGGGCCGCACACCCCUACCCAAUUUUUCUGCGAGUAGCCCCCCCGGGGCUCGAGUGUUUUGCCAGAUUAGGCCUCGAUUCACGCCAAGCCAUUUUAAAAAUAGCUCUACACUCGUAUAGUUUACUAAAUGAAAUUUUAUUGACUUCAAUUACUAUUCCAAGUAGUCUGAAUAAAUAUCAAACAUUUAUAAAUUAAAGGUCUUAAAACCCUGGGCCUAAAAGCACUAAAGAUGGAGGCCGUAUGUUCCGUUGGCGUCGUUGCAGCGAAUGCGGAUUGUCAGACUGGCAACGAGGUAAAACAUUAUUAUUGAAAUUCCGACAGGCGACACGAGAAUGUUCCGAGAUUGCGACAUAGCUGGCUGUGAAAAUCAGACGGGGGACAUGGGCAACCCCCUACCCGGGGGGGGGGGUACUCCCUAAUAUGGGCUAUAUAGGUAUGUGCGGCCCCAAAGGGUAGGGUUUUUCAGCCGUUUUGGUCAUAAAUUGGGUAUCGAUUUUGGCUAUUUUGCCGCCAUUUUGGUCAUAGAUAGGGUAACGAUUUUUGCACUGUAGUCUUGAAUGCACUUUUUUAGAAGAAGCUAUUUCCUUAUCAUGUCCCCCUAACCUAAUAAAAGCAGAUAAACAUUGCCUUUAACAUUGGUCUGAACUAGGGAAAUAAUUAUAAGGCAGGUCUGAAACAGGGUAUUGAUUUAAGGGUCAGGUCAUAAAUAGGGUAUUAAAUUUUUGGUUAGGUCAUAAAUAGGGUAGAGAAAAUCGCAGAUUUUGGUCAUAAAUAGGGUAAGGGUUUUGGGAAGCGGGCCGCACACCCCUACCCAAUUUUUCUGCGAGUACCCCCCGGGCCCCCCUAACAGGGCCUCAGAAAUGGAGUAUUAUAUUAACCCAGUGUUGUGUUCAACAGCAAGUGUGAGUCAUCCAUCAUGUCAAGCAAGCCACCGAAUCGCAAACAGUCUUACGAGGAGCGUGCUAGUCCUUAUGCCGAAAUCACGAGAAUCAGCAGCGAUCAAGAGAGCAGAGGAUGGCAGAGCGAUAUGUUGCAUGCUUUACAGCGGAAUGCUACUCCCGAGCCAAUUCGCUUAGCAUGUAUCAGGGGCACCCAACGAGGAUAUAGUUCAAAACCACUUAACAUAACAUUGUUGAACGUAUUUUAGUAUUUAAACGGUAGAUAUAGGCAUUUUUUUAUCCCCUAAAAACUUUUCAUCUGUUCGGAUUUCCUAGCUGAAAGUCUAGUGAUCCGAAAAUUAUAGGGAUCAAAACUUACCUUUUCGAAAAUUUCAGCCAGGAAAAGGCUCCCGAAAAUUCUAGGUGGCCUUUUUUAGGGUCAAAGUCCGUUAAAAAUGAGUAAUUAUACCAUUUUGUAGAUGUUCGAAAAUCCUAGGAGAGGCAGGCAAGCAAGAAAUUUUACAACAAAUGUUCCGAAAAUUCUAGUUCUCAAAUCGUCUUCCGAACAGAUAUUUUCCCGAAAAUUGCCGUUGGGUGCCCCUGAUGUGUAUGACUAACUUGCCUUCGAGGCCCUCCUUUUUUCAGGAAGAGUUCCAUGGCCGAAUUCCACGGGAGAAAGCAGAGGAACUACUCUCUGCAAAUGGCCCAGUCAACGGGCGAUUCUUAGUCCGCGAAAGUAAUAGUUCUCCAGGUGAUUAUAGCCUGUCAUUAAGUUACGAUGGCCGUAUUUUACAUUACAGAUUAAAAUAUGAAAAUGAAAGAUACUUCACCGAUGAGAAGGAAUCCAAAUAUUACACGUCGAUCACCGAUCUUGUUGUAGAUGUGCUGAGCGUGUAUCGUUUGGUACAUAAUGUUGGUGGACGUGUACCGAAAGAAGAGAAGAAAAAGCCAAAUUCCUAA